AUGUAAAAAGAUAAUUCCAAAUAUUAUAUUUAACUGAAUGAAAUCGACAGAUAUCCUAAAAAAUCAACAUCCUCAUAAUUAAACUCAUCAAGUUAAUCUGAUUCCUUUGAAAUGAUUUAUAUAACCAUUCCAAAAAACACUUUAAGCCCGAAUUCAACAUAUACAUUAUAAAUAACAGCUACAAAUAUAAAUACUAACUAAACACAAUAUUAAAAUUUUACUAUAUAUAUUCCAUUUGCUGGAUUGAUUUGUUAGUUUAACAAUAGAGGAAUUUAAAGUAUAAGAAAAGAUCUGAAUCUCCUAAUAGAAUGUAAUGAUUUCGACACAAUAUAUGAUUGGAACAGUUAUCCAGAUUUGUCUAUUUAAGUUACUUGUAAAGAUCUAUAAAAAGCAGUGCAUGAUAAUAUGAACAAAACAAAAACAUAAAUGUUAAUAAGACUGCCCCAUAAUAAUUUAUAAGGAAGAAUUCAAUUUCCACUUUCGAAAUUUAAGAAUGGAGUGUAACUGUUACCAAAUUUUAAGAAACUAAAAAAUUUACUUAAAUAAUUGUUUACCUUGAUGAUGAUUUCCCUAUGCUAAAUCUAGAAUACAAUAAAGGAUAUUUAAUGAGAAAAAUUAACAAUUAUGAAUAAUUAAAUUUUACAUUUGAAAUCCCUUUUGAUUAAAAACCACAUCUGUUAGAUCUGUCUAUUGCAAUUAUUUAUAAUUUUGAAAUAAUAGAAAUACUGCAACCAAAAUACAUAUUCCAUUAAUUUAAGAUAAUUAAUAGCAUCAAGAAAUUAAAUUUUGGUGAUGAUAUAAAUCUUAAAUUUGCAGCUUAAUCCACAAAUAAUAUUAUGCCAAGUCUAAAUAAUAUAACACUGUCUAUGAAUUAGCCUCCAGAAUGUUCAAAAUUAUUUCUAACUAGUUCAAAUACUUUAGCGCUAACUGAUCUCUUAGUAACUUGUAGUUGCGAUCAAUCAAAUGAUUCUCCAUAUGAAUAUUAGCUUAGGUUAUUUUUAAGAGAAUCAGACUUAACUAAUUUCUUAAUAGAAUCUUCAGAUAAUUCCUUAAUUCUUUAUCCAUUUUAAACUUAAAAUUAAUUUUAAAUUUAAACUCCCACCUCUAUUGACUCCUCAAAAAUUGGAAUUUUAGUUUAAGUGCUUGAUACUGGAGAAUCAAUCACUCAAAUUUUUGAAUAAAUUACUGUAAAAUUUGCAAAAAUAAAUUGUUCCUCAAUUUAAUUUUAGAAUUUAAAUUUAUAAAACUAGAUAGCAUUGCUAUUUGAAACAAUGAAUUAAAAAUGCGAAGAACUGCAUUCUUAAAUUUAUCUUCAUUUGCUUUAGAAAUCAAUUUCAUCAGAUAAAAAUGAAAAUAUCUUAAAAUUUAAGGCUUUAAAACUAUAUAAACAAUUCUUAAUUUAAUCCAUUUAAAGCAAACCUAAAACUGAUUUACAAAAUCAAAGAUGCUUUGAUAUAAACUCAAACCAUUUAUUUAUUACAUACAAUUCCACUUCUGAACAAGAAGAAGUUAAUUUAACUACUCAAAUAUAAAAUUUAAAAGAAAAUCCAAAAAAUUUAAAAAACACUCUACAAUAUUUUAAGAAACUAAAAAAGCAAUUUUAAGAGGAGCUUUAAUUAAAUUAAUACACAUGA